AUGAACACUGAAACCAAGAUGGACGUGAACUCCCCUGCAAAUGGCCUGAGAGUGCUCAUUGUCGGGGCCGGCAUUGGUGGCUUAGCAGCAGCUAUCGCUCUUCGUCAGCAAGGCCAUGAAGUUGAAUUGUUUGAGCGAUCUCAAUUCGCCAACGAGGUUGGCGCAGCCAUUCACCUUACUCCCAAUGCAAACGGUCUUUUGAAGAGGAUUGGAUUUAAAGCUUCUGAUGAAGACUUACAGUUUAAACUAAAGAUUCGAGACUACACCUCCGAUGGCAAACUCGUUUUCACUGGGAGCCUUACUCAAUUUGCGGAUACUUGGCAGCAUGAAUGGCUUCUGAUUCAUCGUGCUCACCUUCACGAAGGGCUGAAAAACAAGGCCAAGGCCCCUGGUAAGGGAAAGCCUGCGGUUUUGCACACUUCCAGCAAGGUGACUGGAGUUGAUCCAAAGACUGCAACUGUCAUCCUUGAGGAUGGAACCGAAGUUCGUGGUGAUGUUGUCAUCGGUGCUGAUGGUGUGCACUCUGUAACCCGGGGUCACGUUGGUGGUUCCGAUAAGCAGCCCUUCAGCUCAGGCAAAAAUGCUUUCCGAUUCAUGAUCUCGCGUAAGGAAGUGCUUGAUGAUCCUGAGACUGCCCAUCUAGUGCGGGAUUUUGGAUCUGUCGACAUGUGGCACAGCUCCGACAGCAACGUGGUUAUUUACCCCUGCGUCAACAAUGAAAUGCUCAACUUUGUCUGUAUUCACCCCGAUAAUCUCACCAAUAUUGGAGUCUCUGGAGGCUGGGACCAGACCGUUGGUAAGGACACGUUACUUGAAAUCUACAAAAACUACGAUUCCGUAGUUCGCAAAAUUUUGGCAAAAGCGGAUGCUCAGACACUGAAAAUCUGGCCUCUCCUUGACAUGGAAACUCUUCCUACUUGGGUUGAUCACCGCCUAGCAUUGAUUGGAGAUGCAGCUCAUCCAUUCCUACCUUAUCGUGCAUCUGGCGGUGCCAUGGCACUCGAAGAUGGUAUUGCUCUGGGUGUUCUACUCCCAGGUGACCUUCCGAAGGAGCAGAUCCCGGAGCGAUUGAAGCUUUAUGAGACUGCACGCCACGAACGAGUCACUCGGAUUCAAGAAUAUACAAGGGAGUCUGGAAGAAGCCACUUGCCGGUGGACAAAGUAAUGAAAAUCCUUUCCGAGAUUUACGACUACGACGAAUUUGACUCCGCCACCGAACUAUUGAGACAGCAUCAGCGCACUCAAAACCCCAAGGCUUACUACCGGCAGCCAUCUGUGUUCGGCCCAAUGCCCGGUCCUCGCCAGGACUUUUGGGGCCGUAGCCGAGCUUUGGCAUCUGCAAAGGCUAGCUUCUGCACAGCUUCCAUCAAGAUCAAAACCAGUCGGACUCUGCUGAAGAACCUUUUGCCUAAUUCCGCAUACAGCUUCUCCGGAAACGGUAGUGUGGCCUACGCAACUUUCUCCCAAACCACCUUGGAUGGCUUGGACUGGCUUGCAGGAGGAGGAUAUAACCACAUGGGGCUCUACAUCCACGGAAUUGAAUAUCAGCAAGCUAAUGGAGAAAUCACUCGAGGAACAUAUCUUCCAAUCAUGUUCGAGGAUCUCACAGAUCCUAUCCUCUCCGGAAGAGAAGAGCUUGGAUUCCCGAAGGUUUUCAGUACCAUCGACGUGAACAAGCGGCAAGAGUCUUAUCAUGUUACCACAAGCUGGAGAGGCGCGGUGUGGGGUCGGAUGACAUUGACUGGUCUUAGUGAGGUGGAGAAGACUGCGUCAACCGAUGUCGGGUCUACGGAUCCGGGUAUCUUGGUACAUCGCUAUAUGCCCUCUGUGGGCCGAGAGGGUAAGGGCACCCCGGAGGCAGAGUAUCCAGUGUUUGUCGAUUAUGCACAGGAGUCCCAAAUUGUGCCGACCAAAAUUACCCGUGUGCUCAACGCGUCUCAAGGAACCAUUCAGAUCGAUGGCCUUGAGUGGAACCAGCUGCCUACCUUGCACCAUAUCAUCUCUCGCCUUGCCGAGAUCCCAGUUUAUGGCAUUGUUGAAGCUAAGGUCAUUGAAGGUGAAGGAGUGAUGGAUAUUUCUGCUGCGAAGAGAAUUGUAUAG